AUAGGGGCUUCCUGUUAUGUCAGGAGUCAACCGGCGUGGCAUAGAAGCAGCUGGGACCAAAGGGCCGGUGAGUCUGGUUACAUGUGGGACAUGCGCUACUUACAGCGGGUGAAACAUUGUGACAGCCGAGACAGGAGAGAGGGCACCCUCCUGUCACCAAACCCCCGCAGUCCUGGUUUAGACGUCCCCGCGUGUGAAGGUCUUCUCUUCGGUCUUCUUCGGUCUCUGCAGUCUCUUUUCCUCGCUUUUUUGGGUCUUGAGAUGAAGAAACAUCUCGCCCAUGUCAGGUCAGGGCACUCCGUUCCAGCCGCGAUUGUUUGCGUUUGAUGUUCUCAAGUUCAGCGCCCGGGGCUCCGCGAGAGGAACUUUGCUCCGAGACUUUGUCAACAAAUGCGGUGUUAAAUAGAGAAGCCACGGAGUGAAGUUUAAAUGCGCUCGCUGGGUGGAACACAAGGCGCUGAACCACUUGGAAGCGGGGGAGAGCUUAAGAGGGGACGGAGUGCAGAAGAGCUCUGGUCUAAAUGGGUCCGGUUAUGCCUCCCAGUAAGAAGCCGGAAGGAUCCGGGGUCAGCGUCGCAAGCGGCCUGAGCCAAUUUUAUCAGGCGAGCUCCAUCAGGUGUGCCCUCCAGGAGGCCGAGGAGAUGGACCUGGCUCUCCCCACCAUCAAGCUGGAGAAGGGCAGUGUAGAAGAUGAAGAGCUCACCAACCUCAACUGGCUCCACGAGAGCAAGAAUCUUCUCAACAGCUUCGGCGAUCCCGUGCUGAGGAGCGUCAGCCCCGUUCAGGACCUGGACGACGACACCCCGCCCUCCCCAGCACACUCGGACCUCCCGUAUGACGCCAAGCAGAACCCCAACUGCAAACCCCCCUAUUCGUUCAGCUGCCUCAUCUUCAUGGCUAUAGAAGAUGCCCCUUCCAAGAGACUGCCUGUGAAAGACAUAUACAACUGGAUCCUGGAACACUUCCCAUACUUUGCCAACGCCCCCACGGGGUGGAAGAACUCAGUCAGGCACAAUCUGUCUCUCAAUAAGUGUUUUAAGAAAGUGGAUAAGGACCGGAGUCAGAGUAUCGGGAAGGGCUCCCUGUGGUGUAUAGACCCAGAGUACAGACAGAAUCUCAUCCAAGCGUUGAAGAAGACCCCUUAUCAUCCUUAUUCCCAAGUGUUCACCACACCUCCCACCUCUCCUCAGGCAUAUCAAAGUAUGUCCGGACCUCCCAUAUGGCCAGGAAGUCCCUUUUACAGGAAAAACAAGGGAGUCCUCCUACAAGUUCCUCAGGGAGUGAUCCAGAACGGCGCUCGUAUGAUGAGCCAAGGCCUCUUCCCGGGAAUCCGACCCCUUCCCAUCAACCCUAUAGUGAGCAGGACAGCCGCUGUAAGGUCGGUGCUCGCUGGCUACAGAAUUACCAGUGACGUUGAGCCAAUCCAUACCUCUCAACUGGUCACCGGCGACCUCAAGGAGGACCACACCUACAGUUUCGCCAAAUCUUCUAGCUCCGACGUCGGAGAAGAGACCCCCUGCGACGGGAGUGAGGUGAGCUUCCACGGCAACGAGGCCGGCAGCGAGGGCGAGGACGACGACAAGAGCAAAAUCAAGAAGGAGCCCAAGGAGUGGUCGGUGGACGCCCUGGCGCUCGCCCAGCAAAAGAAAAGGCAACAUUUGACAAAAGCCAAACAGAGAGUAGCCAGUGACACUCUUCCUCUAAAAAAGAGGCGCACGGAGAAACCUCCAGAGAGUGACGACGAGGAGAUGAAGGAGGCGGCCGGGUCUCUGCUUCAUUUGGCCGGCGUCAGGGCCUGUUUGAACAAUAUCACCAACCGGACGGCUAAGGGCCAGAAAGAGCAAAAAUAAUAAACAGACUGUAUUAUUAAGAGGACAAAAAACAUCACUUUGAAUAGAAUUUACUAUUUUUUUCCAGGACAUCAGGUGAAUUCUACUGAUUUGUGGCAAUAUCAACAAUCACUUUGUUUUCCUAUCUUUAUAGGUAACAUUUUACUGAGGGUUCCUUGUUUUAGUUUACUUUUUUAAUUUUGUUGUGUUUCUUAAUCUACGGAGAUUGAAGCCAUAGCCUUCUAAGCAAAAGAUUUGGCUGAUAGUAAAAUGUAGUACAAUUAUGCCCCGAUUAUAGAAACAGGACCGUCAAAUGGCAAACUUUCUGCAGCAUGUUCUCAAUUUUUAGUGCAGCUCGCCAGAGGAAGUUCUCAAGUUGGUGAUACGGUAAAGAAGACGGUAAUCUCUCAUGUGAAUUAAACAUGUUCCCGUGCCAGAGACAAUCCUGUGGCCGUCUGGCUCGAGCACUUCCUGUGAUGUCACUUCCCUUUGACGCCCUGGCUGUUAAUCUAGUCCAGGAGCAAAGCGCCAUGCAGAAAACGCUCGCGUCCUGUUAUUCGUCACAAGGCUUGUGUGAAUCAUGCUGGCGGUGGUUCUUCAUAAAUCACACGAAUGAGAAAAAAGCCAUAAGCCUUUGCGAAGUGCUUUGUGGAGGCAAAAGUGAUCCGUUACCAAUAAGUCUUUUAAAACUACCCACGUUUUUUUCCUAAGCAAUCAAAAUGAGUGAUAUUGUCCAUCUAAAGUGAUAGUGGAUGGUGAUAUUUCUCCUUUGGCACAAUGAAAAAGAAAACUCGGAGCUAAUGCUACAAUACCUGCCAAUUGUGUUCUAAUAGCGGAAAAUAAUAAUAUGUGGAGUUGUUUUGUGUUUGUUUGUUUACGUUUGGAUUUCGUUCUCUGUUCAAACCCUCGUGAUGUAAUAAGCAAUUUCAUCCAGUCAGGAGAACACUGUAUAAAAGUUACACUAGACCAUUUUUCCUUUUUUAAUUUAAGCAAUGUAGCCAGCAGACUUUUCCAAAUUGUUGCAUGGGUUCUGUAAAGAAAAAGACGACCGUUUUUUUUAAAUCAAAAAGUUCAUGUAAGGUAAAUAAUGUAUUUAGCAUGGAGCAUGAAUUAUUUUCAUAUAAAUAUAGAUCCUAGAGAACUACGGCACCGCCUCUAAUUUCUAUGCCAAUAGGCCUAGUCUCUUUCUUCGUCCGAUUUGAUUUCCGACUGUCGUCCUUAUCACAUUUGUGUUCAAGCAGGCGUUUUAAGAAUGAUCUUCUUCAGGGACAAACACUGACUGUUGGGAAACUCUCUCUGCAAUAUGACGACUCGGCGCAGGGCUCGGGCCGUCUCAGAGACCGUGGCCCGUCCACGCUAACAGCCGCCCUCCAACGGAUUUCAGCCGUAUCAAUGUCCGUGUCGUUCAGGAGAAGUUCGUAGUGAGUGUCGGUACCCAGCUCCUUCCAGCUUUCGUGCCUGCUUUUCUUCCAUGUGUAACCCGGGUGUACGUGUCAUGUGUGAUAUAUUCAGGGUCUUCCUUGUGUUCGGCAAGACUUUGGAUCUGCAGCGCAAAACCUGACACGUAGUUUUGUUCGUUUGUUGGCGUAGCUCUGUUCAGGAGCUGUCAGUAUUGAUUCAGAUGUUCAUAGUACAGGCAGGAUAAAAGCUGACAGAUAGUUACACCCACAUGUAUAUUUAAGCACUUAUAAGCAGUAAACGCAAGCGAUACCGGAGCUAAGUGCAAACGCUAGUGUAUAUACUCUCGCGACCUCGCCCAAUUGCACUUUUAUUGAUUUAACUCAAGGUAAGCGUCUUUACCUUUGAAAGCAAGAAUUUUUAAGAUUCAGUGCCAAAGCCUGUAAGGACUCUACACUGCAAAAUGGACGACGCAUACUUGAUAUGUAUGUCAGUCAAUGUCAGUAAGUUGUAGCAUUUCUGUCCGUGACCCAUGUAUAAUAUUCUCAAUCAUAUUCGUUGAUAUCACAUUGCAUUGCUGUGAUUUACUCAUCGGGAUGUCUCUGAUGUCAUACCUCAUACUGCCACCACCCCUUCAUCUGAUGAUCCGAUGUUUCGUAGCGUGUUGAAUGUCUUAUCUUGCUCAUGAAUGUUAAUGUGAUGUCUCCUGUUGGCAUGCCUUUUUACCUAACCAAGCUAGAAAUGGUUCUUUUCCACAUCUGCACUUGAAUUAUCCCGAUUGUAAGAUUUGUGACCUCGUCUGAUAUUGGAUCUUCAACAUCUGCCAUGUGUAUGGUCAAAAUGGAGGAAAACCAGUACCAUAGAAAGCUAUCGAUUCUAAACACACUGCCUUCCUUUAAACGACAACACUCACUACGUAACUUUUACCUUCCGAGUUCUUUCAGAGGUCACGCUCUGUUAAAGAAAUACUUUCGAAAGCAUCAACAAGCAGCCAAAUAAAAGGAGGCGAUGUUUUUUCCCAUUGUGUUUUUUGUCGUUUGUUUUGUUGAAAGGUUCCUGUUAACUGCCAUUAUGUUUAGUGUUUAGGUUUAAGAUGAAAAGUAACAGUGUCUAUUUGGUUUGUAAUGAAUUAUUUUGGUCUGACGGCAUGUGCACCCAGCAAAAAUGUCAAUAUAGAGGCGUUAUUGCACUCUGUAUUUUCCUUGACUUGUAAUCAUAUUGCCAAAGACAACGAUUUUAUCAAUUAAUGUAUAUAUCACUUUGUCCAAUGCUACGACAGAUUUUGGUUUCGUUCCAGUUUUUCUCCAACCCUGCCAUCGAGUUUCUGUGAUGUAUUGUCUUCCAGUUGCAAUAAAAAAAGUUGCAAAGGUGA